AUGACAACGGAGGUCGCGGGUCGCAACAUCGUAGUCGCAGUCGACGAGUCCGAGCAAAGCUUCUACGCCUUGCAGUGGGCGUUUGACCACAUUAUUCGAAAGGACGCCGAUAAGACGAUACUCGUUACAGUGGAGACGCCCAUUACCAGCACCGCAGGAGCAUUCGCGAUUCCCGAGGACAAUGAGCUGAGCGUGGAGGAGGACAAGGAGCAGGAGACGAGGAGCGUCGCUGAGAGGGCCGAGGCCAUCUGCAAGGACAACCAGGUGACAAGCGUGACCAAGGUGUAUCAGGGCGAGGCGAGGGAGGCGAUCUGCCAGGCGUGUGAGGAGAAUGAGGCGAGCAUGCUGGUCAUCGGCAGCCAUGGCCACGGGCCCGUCAAGAGAAGCUUCCUUGGCUCCGUCAGCGACUACUGCUCCAAAUACGCUCGGUGUCCUGUGGUUGUAAUUCGACCUAUAAGCUAA